AUGAAUUUCGUAGAACGAGGCCAGAAGGUGGGGAUCCUCGAUUUAACAUCCGGAGAACCCACUCCGCACGGCUCUCUCGAGAUUCGAGCUCGCGAGACUGCGGCCGCCACGAAGGUGCUGGGGAUCGAGUGGCGCGAGAACUUGGGACUGACGAACCGCAGCUUACAGCCGACGCUCGAAGCCCGAAGGCAGCUAGCGGGAGUCUUUCGACGAACUCGCCCGCGAUGGAUCUUCGCGCCGUAUUGGGACGAUGCCCACCCCGACCACCUGGCCGCCCUGGAAUUGGUCGAAGCGGCCCGCUUCUGGUCGAAGCUUUCAAAGAGUGAUUUGCCAGGCGAGCCAUUUCACCCACAGCGGAUCUUUCAUUACUACAGCAUCCAUCUGAAGCUGGCGAUUCAGCCAGCCAUGAUCCUGGACAUCAGCCAGCAUUGGGAGCGAAAACGGGCGGCCAUCGAGUGCUAUCACAGUCAGUUUGUCGAAGGUCGCGACGGGGAUGGCCCAUCGCUUGUCGAGCGAUUUCGGGAUGAAGCUGCUCACUGGGGGUGGCUGAUUGGUGCGGAGUAUGGAGAACCGUUUGCCUGCCGCGAACCGCUGGGUGUGACGUCGUUCGAGGUCGCGAUCGUUCCGUUCUUCAAUCAAAGCGACCAGCCCACGGUCGACGGACGAAUGUUUGCGCUGGCCUAUUUCGAUGAGCUGCAGCGCAUCCCGGGCUUUGUGGUUACCCCAAUUGGUGUGACCGAAGUAGCACUUCAACGAUAUCGCCGCGAGCUGAACGAUCUGAGUUCGCCAGAAGAUGUACGACGUCUGGCGGAACUGUUGAACGUGGAUGCCGUGGUGAUUGGGGCCGUGACCGACUUUAGCCCUUAUUAUCCACCGCGGUGUGCGCUGCGAGUUGAAUGGUACGCAGCCAACCCGUUCUUGCACCCCGCGCCCCCUGGUUUCGGUUUGCCGUGGGGAACCUGCGACGAGAAAAACAUUCCUGAAUCGAUUCGCUUCGAAGCCGAGAUGGCGAUGUCGCGAGAGUUCCUGGAGGCCAAUAUGCCCGCAGCGACAGCGGUGCAAGGCGACAGUGGUGACGGCAGCGCGAGCGUUCCAGAGACCAUGAAAACCGAGGUGGAAAGCGAGAGCAUCGACGUCGAGGAACAGACGCAGGGCAAUCCAAUCUCGCAUGAAAGCAGCGUCAACACCCGCACAGCCAGCGCGGGCGGUACAACGGGUACGACUGAUUCUCAAGCUGGUAUUACUGCAAUUGAUGGUGGCUUGUUAGCAGCAGAUGGUCUUCCAGUUCCCAGUCCGUCGAAUGAUCCGGUGUUGAGUCACACGCGCAUUUACAACGGAAAUGACGGGGAAUUCACGAACAAAUUGAAGAACUACAUGGCAUUCGUUGAUGAGCGUCGCAGCGGUGGCGUUGCUGGUUACUUGCAACGAAUGGACGACUUCGUUCGCUUUUGCUGCUUCUUACACGUCACCGAAAUGCUCGAAGCGCGUGGAGGUGGCGACGAAUCCCGAGUGGUGUAUAUGAGGGCAUCUCGGGUGAGUCAAGAUAUAAACGUAUUGGCAUUGGUUAAGGGUUCGGAACGCUACGUCUUUCUGUACGACGAUGAAAGCCGUGCCGAGACGCUGCGAAUUCUGGGUCGCUAUGCUUCGAAUCCGGAGCUGAGCUUCACCUGGUACGACGCUGCCGUUCUGAGCCAAAAGAUUCGCCGCGAGUCGCAAGCCGCCCCCAGCAAGGCCCGCUUCAGCGACACCCAGAACGGCGCCUCGGGCUCCCUGGUUCAAGCAAUCGGUCGCUUUCUCCGCUAUCAGUCGGUUGAGCGCAACGCCUCGCCACUGACGAUCAAGAGCUAUCGCGAAGAUCUGACAGCGCUGGCCGAAUACUUGGAAGAAAGCUACGGGGCUGCACCGCUGCCGAGCGCCAUCACGACGCUUGAUCUUCGUGGUUACACGUCGUACUUGCACGAGUCGGGCUAUGCCAAGACGACCAUCGCCCGACGGUUGGCGUCGAUGCGGAGUUUCUUUCGCUUCGGCCAACGCGACGGCUGGACGAAGUCGAACCCGGCUAAGCCACUGAGGAAUCCUCGCAAGCCCCGCCGAUUGCCGCACUUUCUUUCGACUGAAGAGCUAGGGCAGUUGCUCGAGGCUCCACCGGCCGACGAUCAGUUCGGUAUUCGCGAUCGGGCGAUCCUCGAGACGCUGUACUCCGCUGGGCUGCGUGUGAGCGAGUUAGUGGGGCUGAACGAGGAAGACCUCGACUUCGCCGCAGGUGUGAUUCGGGUACGCGGUAAAGGACGCCGCGAGCGACUCUCGCCGAUCGGAUCGUUUGCUUCCCGUGCGUUGCGGCGAUGGUUGAAGAUACGGCGACUCGACGGUAGCGAGCAGAAGAACGGUCAGUCGCCGGUGUUCCUGAACCGGUUUGGGAAGCGGCUCACGACGCGCAGCGUGGGGCGGAUGCUCGAGAAAUACCUGGCCGAAACCGGGCUCGAUCAGCGGACCAGCCCUCACACGUUGCGGCAUAGUUUUGCCACGCACUUGCUCGAUCGCGGGGCUGAUAUCCGUAGCGUGCAAGAACUAUUGGGCCACAAGAGUCUAUCGACGACUCAGAUCUACACGCACAUCAGCACGGCCAGCCUGAGGGCGGCCUAUGAGAAAGCUCACCCUCGGGCCCGUUGA